UCUAAAUAAAAAAUAAAUAUCUAAAAGGUGAAGGUCAGAGAUGUCAGGAUGCGGGGAAUGAAAAUGGCGGAGCUACAUUUCGAGGCUCCACUUGCAAAAUUUGAGAAUGAGGAACUUGCAGAGUAUAGUGAUUUUCAAGGUGUAAGUGAAACAAGUAGCCUUUUAAACACGGACAUGUCAACUGCUCAUGAAGAAAGUGAACAUUCUGAAAACUUCGCGGAAACUGUGUCUGAAUCAUUGGAAGAUUUGGUGAAUACAUUUGAUGAAAAAAUCACAAAAUGUUUCUGCAAUUUCGAGGACAAAGUAGAUCAUAUAGCUCCAGUCCAAGUUAGAACACAAGAAGAGGUAGUUAAAGAUUGCCAAAUGUGGUGGACACUUACAGGGAAUUAUGGGAACAUUUUACCAAUAGAUUGGUCAAAAUCUUACGUCAAACAGAUGAAAGAGAAGGUUUUACAUUUAGAAGAAGGAAAAGCUAGUGAACCAAUGAAUUUAGAUUUGUCAGAUGAUGAUGAAAUAGCCCAGGCAUUAGAUAUGCAUAGUCUCAUAGUAUCUAGUCUACAGCAUCCAGAAACAGAAGAUUAUGUAGCCACUGCUGAAGAGGUUAUAAGUGAAAUAGAAUCUAUGAUGCAGGAUGGACCUUUAAAUGGAGAUGAAACAGUAGAUCCCACCACAUUGAAUGUAGUCCCAGUAGAGCCAGACAGGGAUCCAGUCCCUAUUCUUCCCUGUUAUACAGAAUCAGAAUUAAAAGAAAUGUCUUGUUCAGCUUUAAAUGAAGUUUUAGCAGAAUAUGAAAUUGUGAUCAAAGAACUUUCAGAAAUACUGAUUCGUGAAUUAGCCUUAAGAGAUGAACUAGAAUAUGAUAAAGAAUUGAAAAAUCAGUUUAUUUCUCUGCUGCUGACAAUCCAGAAAAAACGUAGAGAUAAUAACGUGGAUAAAAAGAAGAAAAAAACAAAAAACAGCAGUAUGAACAAUCACCCUGAUAAUCCUGUCAGUACAUUCUUGACAACAGUAAUACCAUACCAUUCAUUUGGAGGACCACCAACAUCAGAACAGUUACAGAUUUAUAUUAAGAUUCUGAAAGCUAUAAAUGCAGACAGUCCUACAGUACCUACAUUGUUAACAGAUUAUAUACUUAAAGUUUUGUGUCCCACAUAGAACAAAUGGUUACCAAAGAUAUUACAGUUCCAUAGCACAUGCAAAAUGUUUUUUAUUAUUUAGUUGUGUGAAUGUUUGUUAGCAGUAUUUUAUUUGUAUAUUUUGAAGGCAGCGCUUGAAUAAUUUAUGAGAUACAUCUCAUCUUAGUUCAUAAUCCAUGACCAAUCAAAAAAGUGUUUUUUUUAUCUUUUAAACCAUACUAAGA